AUGAGUAAAUCUCCCGCUAGCGUAGUGUCGUCGGAUGAAACACACAGUGCCGCCAGUGAUGAAUCGUUGGUUAUCUCAGCCGCAACUUCACACACCUCACUCAGAUCUAUUGGAAUAACCAAAGUGGUAAAGAAGUCAUCGAAAGACGAACCGACUACGACGGCAGUCUCGAUGGCCAAGGAACGGCCACCAUGGCGUCCCGCAAGUCUCACGGCUGUGGUAGUACCACCCCCACCUAAACCAGACAUAAAAGCGCGGCUACUUGAGGCUUCCAAGCGUAUGCGUCGCGUCAAUGCAGUUGUGCAGACGGAUCCGGUACACACGAAGCUGAUGAAGGAAGUAUCCACCGACGAGCAGACCGAUUUAAUCCCAAUGGUGGAUGAGGAAAUACUGACCGAUGGAAAUCUGGUCAUACGUGAAGUUGGAAACCUGAUACUUACACAUUCCGUGGCGCAAAUGACGGAUGGAGUGGAAACGUGUGAUAGUGGUACUCAGACCGCCAUACCUCGGAGUGGAAUAUCGUUCCGAAAGUUCCUAGAACCAAUCACCGGAAACGAUCACCCGACCCAUCAGGGCGCUCACUCGUUCAAACUCUCAUCCGAGGGAGAUCAUGUAGAUGUCGAAGCCGGAAAGCAGGAAUCGGGACAAAAACAAAGCAUAUUGCUUUCCACGGAGUUGGAAACACUCGGGGAAAGUUUCGGGCACGACCCCACAGAACAAUGCUCAUCUCAGAGUGGUAGCGAUAGCAUGAAGGAAACGAAUACACCGGAUUUAAUCAGCGCCACUGUUGAAGGAGAUCCAUCUCCACACCGUACCGCGACCUUGCUCGAAACGCCCACAUUCGCUGCUUGGCAAAACUUGGACUUCUCCGACGAAGAGUCAGAAAGCUACGUUCCCCGUGAGCUACCACGUCGACCAAUUGGGGAAGGUGAUCGUCCGUGGGCCGAGUUCAAGGAUCUAGUGAUUGGAUCGAGGGUGGCCAACAUGCGUCUUUCACCCGUACCGCCGCGAAGACCUCGGGCACCGAAUCAAAAGACAGUUACCUGGAGCGAUAGACAACACCGGGCAGUAUCGAAGUUGAUCAACGAAGCAUCGGCACUGGUUGAUAUGUUCGACCAUGUGUCGCUAUUGCUCGGGCCGGAUAUUACGCUACACAAACUUCCGCCCCAGCAAGAAUUUCAUCUACCACCUGCGAAAUGGGAACCGUUGCUGACGAAAUCCUGCGAUCUUCUAGAAGAAAAGUUAGCCCAAGUACGGCAUCUUUCGUUGAGCGAUUUUGAAAACCAAGCGCUUCCGCUGGAACCGAAAGUACCUUCCAACAUGUCGCCCAUUCUGUCGGACAUUGGUCCAGAAGAGAUAUAA